UAAUUUAAUUUCAGGAAAAAUAGAGAAAGUGAACGGGGCCUAAUAAAAACCAAAAAAAAUAAAAUCAUGGCCGGUGUCGUUCUCCCUUAAAAAGUCACGUUCCAAAAGUCUCCCUAUCUUCUUCCUAAUCUCUCUCCUCUCUUCUGGGCAAACUCCCUCUUCGAAGUUCAAAGCGGCAGUCUCAACAAACUCACCAAACUUGGUACUCAACCCCUAUCUCUAUGUUCGAUUCCAUACCACCGACCCCAGAUUUCGCGCUCUUUCUCUCUCCUCUUCACAUGACUUCUUGUUAAGAUUCAAUCAAUUUUCCAAUUUUACUGGAGAUUGAAUGAAUUAUUGCUGAUUAUUGAAGAGCAAGAACAAGAUUAAGCAAACAAUUUCUCUCUUUUUUUCCGCUUUAAUUCGUGAUUCAUCGCUUGCUUGAACCCUAAUUUAGUUGUUUUGGAGGGUUUUUGGGCUUGAUUUGUUUUCUUGUAUAUUAAGUUGGGAAAACCCGUCUGAAAACCCUAGAAAUUUAGAUGGAAAAGGAUAGGAUAAUUACUGUAUCAGAAGCAGUUCAUAAGCUGCAGCUUGCACUUCUUGAUGGUAUUGAAGAUGAUGGUCAGCUUUUUGCUGCUGGGCCUUUGAUGUCUAGGAGUGAUUAUGGUGAUGUAGUGACUGAGCGUACGAUUGCCAAUCUAUGUGGUUAUCCAUUGUGCCCGAAUUCUUUGCCUGCUGAACACCCGAAAAAGGGGCAGUAUCGCAUUUCGAUUAAGGAGCACCGGGUGUAUGAUCUUCAUGAGACCUAUUUGUAUUGCUGUUCUAGUUGUUUGAUCAAUAGUAAGGCAUUUGCGGGGAGUUUAAAUGAGGAGAGAUGCUCGAUUUUGAACCCGGCUAAGGUUAAUGAGAUAUUGAGUUUGUUUAAGAGUGGGGGUUUGGAAAAUGAGGAAGAGGAGGGCAAGGGGGAGAAUGGGGAUUUGGGGUUGUCGAAAUUGAUGAUCAAGGAGAAUGUUGAGACGAAAGGAGGGGAAGUUUCGAUGGAGGAAUGGGUUGGUCCGUCGAAUGCAAUUGAAGGGUAUGUUCCACACAGAGAUCGUCUCUCCAACUCAUCAGGGUCAGAAGCUUUUGCAAAAGGAUCUGAACCAGGUGAUGCCAAGUUGAAUAAGCACAGUGAUGCCAUUUCAAAUGGGUCUGACUUCGAGGUUACUGUUAUUAAAUCCAUUGAUGGCUCAACUGGUUCUACAGAAAUUCUGAAAAAUGACAAGAAUUUUCAGCCCAAUCAAUCAGAAACAAUGGAACCUUUGCUAGGUGAUUUAAACUUCACCAGUAUGAUUAUAACUAAUGAUGAGUUUACUGCUCCUAAGAAGUUAGAAGGUGGCUCCAAGUCAGUGCAGUCAGAAGCCAAAAAAGGCUCAGUAGCAAAGAAGUCUCUCUCGACAAAGGGCAAAGAUUCAUUUUUUGGCAGUGUAGACUUUACGAGCACCAUCAUUACCCAAGAUGAAUACAGUGUCUCCAAAUUGCCUUCCAGUCAAGUCAAAUCUGAUCUGAAUCAAAUGUCCCGAGAAUUCUCUGAAAAACUGGAUCUUGAUAAUCUAAGUAAGGAGUCCGCUUCUCCUGGGGACAAUGAUCUACGGAGAUCUAUGGAUUCAGCUUUAAUUGGGGCUGGAAAUAAUUUAGAUCAGAAUGCAAGCUUAGCCGAAGUAUAUGUUCACCAAGAUCAGAAUGGUUCCGCUUCAUGUAGCACUCAUGUAAAAGAUGAAUCUCAUUCUGAGAAAGUUGUUCACUCUAGUUUAUCAAAAGGAAAAUCUGCUCUUAGAACUUCUGGGGUAAAGAAACUUGCACGCUCUGUAACUUGGGCUGACGAGAAACCCAAUGGUCUUUCCAUUGGAAAUCUCUGUGAGUUUAGAGAAUUUAAUAACGCAAAAGAAGGUCCAAGUACUUCAAGAAGCGAAGAGGCAGAGGAAGAGGAUGAUUCCCAGCGAUUUACCUCUGCUGAAGCUUGUGCGAUGGCAUUGAUCCAGGCAGCAGAAGCUGUUGCAUCUGGGCAAUCUGAUGCCGAUGAUGCUGUUUCUGAGGCUGGAAUCGUAGUGUUGCCACCGCCAAAAACAGCAGAUGAAGGGCAACAUUCUGUAAGAGAUGAUGCAUUAGAGAACUUAGCUACUGAAAAGUUGCCCAAGACACCAGGCAACUUGAAUCGUGUCUUUGACUCUGAUAACUCAUGGUUUGAUACUUCUCCGGAAGGAUUCAGCUUGACAUUGUCACCGUUUGCCUUGAUGUGGGAUGCUCUAUUUUCUUGGCUGACAUCAUCCUCACUGGCUUAUAUAUAUGGAAGAGAUGAGAGUGUUCAUGAAGAAUAUAUGUUUACAAAUGGAAGAGAAUAUCCCAGCAAAAUAGUGCUUCCUGAUGGCCGUUCUCCAGAAAUCAAGCAAACAUUAUCUGGUUGUCUUGCACGAGCUUUGCCUGGAUUGAUUGCUGAUCUAAAAUUGCCAACACCAUUAUCUACUCUGGAACGUGAAGUGACCUGCUUGCUGGAAACGAUGUCUUUUAUGGAUGCACUUCCUCCGCUUAGAAUGAAGCAAUGGCAAGUAAUUGCUCUUCUAUUCAUUGAUGCUCUUUCUGUCUGUAGGAUUCCUGGACUAUCUGCAUACUUGACUAGCAGGAGGAUUCUAAUUCCCAAGGUCUUAAGUAGUGCCCAGAUAAGUGCUGAAGAGUACGAGAUCAUGAAAGAUUUUGUGAUUCCGCUGGGUCGUGUGCCUCAAUUCUCAAUGCAGAGCGGUGGUUGAUAAACUGUACUUACACCAGCUUCGACAUGUAUGUUGCUGCCUCCUACCUGCUCACUAGUGCUGAUCGACUACAUCGUUCCAUUUGAUUUCUUUUCGUUGCAACAAAUUCUUUAUGCCUACAAAAUCCUAAAAGGGGGAUUCUUUCUUUCUUUUUUCUUUUCUUUUUUUCCAGGAUGGUAUCAAUAGUACUUUUUUUGGUUUUUAAUGCUCCUUGGAGCAACCAUAUCCCUUAUUCACGUUAAUUCCGUCCCAGAGAUGUGCAAAAUCAUCCUUUCUUAUGGCUUUUCCACUGAAUAUUUGAAAAAAAACAAACAAACAAACAAACAUUUAUGUAUGUCAAGAUUUUAAAGAUGUCCAAGAUUGGAUUUUUUUUUUUUGCCCAACUCUCAGAUGGAGAUGGAUUUAUCAUCCCUUACAUUGCCCUGGGACAGUUUUGGCCAAAAGUUAUAAGAUGUAUGAUGUAAAAGCUACAGAGUACUCAGUAAUUUUUGUUUUAUAUGAUGCCAAAAUUAUUUGUAUCAGUAAAUGUCUGUACAGAACAGUUUGUUAAAUUUGAACAGGAGCUUUGUUCUUGAAA